UCUUGUUGGAAGGAGGAUACAGAAAGGUAGACUUCAACCAGCAAGAACAGCGAUUAGAAAGAGACACGUUUGUGUAGUUCUUACAGAAGAUGUUGAGUUCUAAAAAGAUGUCCUAUACCCAGGACUUCCCCGAGAUGGAAAGCACAGAUCUGUUGGGACUGCUGUUUAACGAUGAGAGUGCUGGUAAUGAGGAUGUCCUCGCUGAUGGGGCCAUGCUGAUGGAGGAAUGGGGUCUUUCGGAGCAAGAUAUGCUGAAUGGCAUUGAAACAGAAGACUUCUUAAAUUCCAUUUUGGGCCAUUUGGAAGAUGAGCCAUCUACAUUACAGUCCUGGUCUCCCCAGGGCAGUGACAGCGGGAUAUCUGAGGAUAACAAUAACUGGAACAGCCCUUCCAGCAGUGACAUCACACCAUCACCCAGUCCCAAGUUCUGUGAACAGCCAGUCAACAGCCCUGAAUUUCAAACCAACACCGAGGUCAUACAGACAGACCAUAACUAUUCCCUGAACCAAGACCAGCAGAGCACCAGCGACACUCUGCAGAGCAUACGAACGGAGCAUCCUGAAGCAGAUGUGUCCAUCGAUUUUGAUGACUGGGAAUCACAGUAUGUGGAUGAAGAUUACUCCAGUGAAACCCCUGUCUCUCUCGCAAUGGAAGAUUUCUCUCAGUCUGAUAAGGAAUGCCAGAUCCAGUUUCAAUUCAAGGAACUGGUUCUAACAGAAGAAGAAAAGAGAAUUAUGGGAAAGGAAGGGAUUUCAAUACCAACUAAUUUGCCCCUCACAAAGGGUGAGGAACGCAUGCUGAAAAGGGUCAGAAGAAAGAUCCGCAACAAGCAGUCGGCCCAAGAGAGCCGCAAGAAGAAAAAGCACUAUGUGGAUGGGCUGGAAAGCAGAGUUGCUGUCUGCACAGUUCAGAACCAGGAGCUACAGAAGAAGGUGAAUCAGCUACAAAAGCAAAACCUGACUCUUAUUGAGCAGUUACGGAAGCUUCAGGCACUGGUGAAGCAAACAACAAUGAAAACAACCACCUCAAGCACCUGCAUCAUGGUGUUCCUGUUGUCAUUUUGCCUGAUUGUAUUCCCAAGUGUGAACCCGUUCGGUGCAAGCGGGCGCCAGAAGGAACUGUACACCCCUUCAGGAGUUAUUUCAAGAAGCCUUCGUUCUCUUUCUGGUGUGGAAACCAUUAAAGAUGAACGAGCAACAACAAAUUACCUUGAUGCUGCUGAGAAGGAUCUGAUAUUAAAUGUGGAAAUCACAAAAUCUGUGCUGUCUGGAGGGCUAAACCGCACAUUGGAGGUUCAAAAAGUGGAAAAAGCAGAAUCAGAAUCCGCAGUUAACAGUAACUCCUCCUCCGACUUGCCUUCACAAGCCAAAACCAAGCUGUCGCCGGAAGGAGAAAGACCCCUCAGCCCUGGAAAUGAGGCGGUGGAGUAUACAAUGACUGCUUCCACAGUGAACAAGGAAGACUGGCUCGACCACAAAACCACAACUGUAAUAAUCCAGCAACAUCACUCGGAUGAAAUGUAACAAGGACUGUUCCUGCUCCAGUUUUCAAAUAACAGUUUAGUCAGUCAAACCAUACACUGUAAGCAGAAUGUUAUAUAUUCCCUUGUAGCAAGGGUUUCCAUGCGACUUAUUUAAUGUGAUGAACAUGAAGCUCUUACUGUUGUAUAGUAUACUGUGUUCAGGUGAUGCAAACUUUAAAAAUAUUGGGAAACAAUAUGGCCCUGUGUUUUAUAGAAAGAGUACCUUUUAAGAUAAUCCAUGUACUUGCAUCAUUACUUACAUAUUUGUGUCUGUUUAUUAUCCCAUGGUAUGUUUUUUUUUUUGUUUGCUUUUUUUUAUAAUUUGACAUUUAUUGCUUAUGGCAUGUUUAAUAAAGUCACAAAGACUUAUCUAAUGAUGUCAGAAUAAAAAAUGACCACUAGGGGUGUUCAACAAGGUUGGUAUUCAUUUAAGUAAUUAUUAUUAUUAUUUUUAUGUUAAUAAUAUGAACCAUAUGAAUAAUGUGUUACAAUGAAAUUUUUUGUUAUUGUUUUUUUAUUGUUGUAUUAUUAGUAAUGUUGGAAGAAAACGCUAUGACCUGUAGAGUCAGUGACUGCAUUUUGUGGGGGGGAAAAAGAGGUCAUGUACAGCACUAUGCAGGAUUUGCACAGCUAAAGCUUACUGUUGUUACCUGUAGCUAUAAAUAUAUCCUUACUGUGUUUCUAUGUAGUGCGCACUGUGUUACUAUUAUAUAAUCGUCUGGUGGCUGUGAAUGUCAUUGCUAUGCUAUUGAUUGUACUGCUGUACUGUUUAAUUUGUGUCUUUUUUAAAUAAUAAUAAUAAAAUAGAGUG